AUAGAGUCAAAACGUGACGUACUUGCUGACCCCGCCGAAGGAAACGUGACUAAACCAGAAGAGACACCAAUGGGAAUAAGGGACAAGGGUCGUAGGGACUCAAGAGAGAGAAACUAUGAUGCCGAGAAUUGUCCAAGGAAGGACGAUAUUCUCCAAGGGUUGUCGAAGGUAAACAAAAUGCAACUCCGCAAAGACGACGGAAAGCUGAGACGAUCACCGGAAGACCUAUGUAUCGUGAACAACGAGACACACCGCGACGAAGAGUUACACCCCGACCUGCACAAAAGAGAAAAGAUUUUGGAUAAGUGUUCUAGUAAGUAUACAUCAAUCGGAUCCGUAAAUAAAGCAUCGGGACCUAUUUGUGACGAAAUCCCAACGACUAGCACUGCCGAGAUCCUGAGGGAGAAAGAUAAUGAAAUAUCGAAAAUAACAGACGAGACACUAAAACUUACCGACGAGACACCAACAAUGCAAGAGGACACGGACAUAUACCUAGAAGAAAUGACGGAAGAGUAUUCCGAUGAUGAUGAAGCCGUAGUGACUCAAAACAGUAAGGAAAACGACGACAUAGAUAAGACAGCGAGCAAACCGAAAGAAACCGAUAGGUUAGUUGCGCGGAACCUAAAAAUAAAGUACCAUCAAGAGGGAACUCGAAACCGACCUGAAAGUAUGUCACCAUGUGAUGAAGCGGAAGGAAGCCAUGAUGAAAGGAUAUGCCCCGAUCCGCAAAGGGAAGUCGUGCUGGUGGAUGACGAUGCGGAAAAGGUAUUGGUUGCCCAUGAUGAUGAAAAACGGUACGUGAGCAAUAACAUAAUGGAUAAACUAGAGAAGGACGAAAGGAACGUAGAAAGCCAAUAUGGAAGCUUAAAUCUAAACGAAAUACCAUCUGACUCGAUCAACAAUCGAAACACGGAAGAACGGCUAACCUACAACAACACAAAUCAGUAUGUGGAUGGUGAAACGAUGGAUAAAAUAAAGAACAAAAGAGACGUGGAUAAAAGUCAAUAUGAAAGCUUGAGAAAAUCACUUAACCUGUUUAACCAUCACAACAUGAGAAGACAACGAGAUGCCGCAAACUAUCGCGACCAGGGAGGAGGAUACGACACUAUACACAAGAAACCCGUCAACAACGAAACUGAUCUUGGAGAUGCUAAACAUGUUAUAAGAAAGAUAGGAGAACGACCGACCGCCGCCGAUUAUCGUGAUCAAGGAGGAGGACACGAUACCGCGCGAAAUGGUACGGAGCCUGGCAGAACCAGUGGAAGAAGAUGGAUGCUACGGGUGAUAAAAAAAGUAGCUAUGACGACAUACCCGACGACGUUACCUGAAGAGACGCAAAGACGAUAUAAUGCGACUACAAUCAAACGGAACCGAAAG